GCCCUCGUAGUGCCCUUUCAAUCCUUCAAACCUUCUAUCGUAUAUUCUAGUGCUUGCAGCGCAGGCUUACGUUCACUUUUACGACACUUUUACACGAUACGCAAUCUAGUCAUAAUGAAGUACUUCACAGCACUACCCCUAGCGGCCGUACUUGCUUCCGCCGAGAUGCAGGUUAUGAGCCUUGCACCCGAAGUCGCAGCUGGUGCGAUGACGCAUACUGUCGUCGUUGGUGGAGUCAAGCCCGUCGAGACUGGUAUGGCACCCGUACUAGGAUACAGCCCCGAGUCCAUCAAGGCCGCCGUCGGCGACAUGGUCGUCUUCGAGUUCAUGCAGAAGAACCACACUGCCACUCAAUCAACUUUUGCCGAGCCCUGCAAGAAGAAGGAGGGAGGCAUGGACUCUGGCUUCAUGCCCAACCCCGAGGGCAAGGCUGGUGUCACAUGGAACAUGACCGUCGAGACAACAGAGCCGCUCUGGUUCUACUGCAAGCAACAAAACGGUAUCCACUGCGGAAAGGGCAUGGUCUUCAGCAUCAACGCCGCCGAGACUGGCGACAAGACCAUGGCCGACUUCAAGGGCCUAGCCAUCAAGACCAACGGCACCGGCCUCGUUGCCGGAGACCUCCAGUCCGUUGACCCCAACGCCGCUGCCGCCCCUACCACCGUCACCGUCGAGGCUGGAGGUGCCGCCGCAACCGGAACCGGCGCCGGUGCUCUCGCCUCCGCCACUGUCGUCGCUGGACAAGGAACCGACGGUGCCGGCCAGACCUGCUCCUGCCAAUGCCUCUGCGGCAUGGCCUCCUUCCCCGAGACCGCCGCCAUCAACAACUUCGGCGGUUUCCCCGGCAUGAUCGCAUAAACGCUUCACGAACAACUUGGAAAAACGGUGUAAUGAGGAGGAGGAGGAGGAGAAUGGAUUAACUAGGUGUAUGCGCUUGGUUGGUCUUGGGGGAGGUGGUGGUCGAGAAACAACAUUCUUACGACGGGUUCGGGCAAGAAAGCUUCUGGUUUAGCAUCUGUCCCCCGGAUCCUUAUACCAUUUUUAUCAUUUGCUGGGGCGUUUCGCAUUA